AUGGCCGAGACAGAAGAAAAGGUCACGACGACCCCUCUAGACACUAGUCGAGAAGGGUCUCUUUAUGCCGGGCAGCAAACGCCACAAGCAGCCAAGGCAUCGGAGAAGAACCAUGACCUCGUCGACUACUUUUCGCAAGACGUUCGAACAACACUGUUCGUUGAGCUCCAACUCCUCCUGAUUACAUUCUGUACAGGCAUCCAAGAUGCAACGACGUUCCCCGACUACCACUGCUUCGCCUCAAACCAGACCGGCAACACCAUCUUUCUCUGUCUGGCUUUGAUCAUACCUCAAUUCAACGGCGACAUGUUCUACACUGCAAAUAUCGGCACUGGAUUGGGCGUCUUCCUCGUCGCAGGGUGGUUGACUGGCCAAGUGGGCCACAUUGUCGGGCCUCGCAAGCGAUGGUGGCUUAUUCUCUGCAACUUGAUUCAAACCGGCCUUGUCUUUGCUGCAACCGGCAUCCAAUAUCGGCACGGAGUCCAUGAUCAUGGGUGGAGCGCAGUCGUUGUCGUCGCUCUGUUGGCGUUUGCUGCCGGUAGCCAGGUGGUGCAGUCUCGAAGCUUGGCCGCAACUGAGAUCAGCACUGCGAUGGCGACGGCAGCGUGGGUGGACUUGAUGAUUGACCAGAAGCUCUUUGUUCUGGACAACCGGCCGCGGACGAGGCGAGUUGCUUUUCUUCUGGCGCUUGUCGUAGGAGGCUUGGUCGGUGCCCUGAUCUAUCGGACUGCCGGAUCAGGGGCUGCGCUUGCUGUGUCUGGGGCGGGCAAGGGACUAGCGGGUCUGCUGUACAUCUUCUCAGGGGCUGAGGAAAAGAAGAAAAAGGUCAACACAUCAGAGGUGUAA